UACUGCCAUAACUCUCACAUCUUGUAUUUUCCCACUCUGUUUCCCACUUCAACUCCCCACCACCCAUCUCCUCCCAACAGAUAAUCCCAAACCAAAUGGCCUCAUCGCCGCUCCUCUCACCCACCGCCGUCGCCUCCCCUCCCACCACCCCCUCCGCCGCCACCCCCCACCACUCUCUCUUCCUCUCCUCCAACCUCCCCUUCCACAUCUCCCACUCCAAAAACCCCAGACAAAUCACCAAACUCCACGUCUCCUCCCCAACCAACAAAUCCUCCCCCACCGCCACCGCCCCCACCUCCAACAAAGAAACCAUCUUCUUCGACGGUGGAGCACAUUACGGCGACCUGUUAGCCAAUCUAAUUCUGGGAUUCACUCUUCUUUGGCUACCAUUAACUCUAGCUGCAGUUUCAAGAGCUUUAUUUUUGAGGUACAGGUUCACUAACUUAAGAGUGACAGUUAUUUCAGGUUUUACAGGUGAAGACAGGAGUGAUUUUUCUUACAAAGUGAUUAAGGAUGUCCAGGUAGUGCCUCGUUUUAUAGGUGAAUGGGGUGAUAUUGUAAUUACAUUAAAAGAUGGUACUAAAGUUGAUCUUAGGAGUGUCCCCAUGUUUAGGGAGAUUGCUAAGUAUUGUUUGGCUAUGGCUAAAAAUGAAAUGCCUGGUGAUUUAAAGGACACUGGAGCUAAAGGAUUUUAAUUAACCAAGAGACCUAUACGAGAAUUAGUCUGAAUAUGGAAGGUUCAAAAGUGUCGUUUCACAGUUAAAAUUCGUUCGGAAUACCCCGUGGUCAAUACAAAAAAAAAGGAUUUAAGUAACAGAGGUAUCUAUGUCUUUUUUCUUUUUGGGAUAAAUUUUGUUGGUUAAUAUUACAUUACGUUUUUUUUUUUCAUAUUGUAAGAGUACUAUAUUAUGUGUAGAUAAUUGAAUUGUAUAGAUUUUUAUGAUUUUUCUUGAGAAUUGAUAUUGCAAAAUUGAGUGAUUUGGAAUUCA